AUGACAGAAGUUCUCUACACCGGACCAGUCAUCGACUACAGAGGCCUGCCCCACGUCUUCGACGAGAUCAUGGACUCGAUGCCCUGGGAAGCGCUCCCAGCCCUGCGACUGACCAACAAGGAGGUCAGCGAGCGAGCCAACGCGCUCCUCUGGCGGCAUAUCGUCGUGCGUGUCGAGUGGCCAGGACACAUCGACAUGCUCGACCCCUUCCACCACCGUCGUAUACCGGGCCUGCGGUUCGAAUGUGCCUCGCAGACCGGUACUGUCCCCGACGCACACGAUGAACUGUUACUCUACCGCACGCUCGACAGAUUACGGCUCCAUACCCGCACCGUCGACCACUGGCUGCAUCCAGACGAAGAGCCUUACGCCACCCAUCCCAAGCCACCCCGGUGGCACGGUAACGUGUGUGAGGCGCUCGCUUCCGCGCUACACCGGGUCGACGUGUCGGCCAACGAGCUCCCGUUCCUCGCCCAAGAGGCCGAGCGGGUCGUGCUGCGCUAUCGACCGGCGUCGGCCCCGUCCGAAGUGGACCAGCGUCCGUACCGAGGCGCUUGGCCCGUCGGCUUCGGGUCCAAGCGCGUCGUCGCGCGGCUUGACUUGCCCGUCGACUUACAGCUGACCCCUGACGACUGGGUCAUGCUGUGGGCCGGCGUGCUACCGUGCCGCGAGUACCUGCCGCCUGCGUGCGACGACGUCGUUGUAGUCAUCACGCAGGGACGAGGGCAUCCACCGCACUUCUCGCGGUUCACGCCGCCGGCUGGUGACAGGGUACCACCGUACUUUGACCUUUUUCUCAGUAUCCUGCGCAACAUUGGGGCCAAGGGUGUCGCUGUCGUCGGCCUCGAGAGCGUCGACCCCGGAGUCUUCGGCUUUCAAGUCGAUCCAGCGAUGCAAGCUGAGGGCCGACUUGCACUGUUCAAGACUGCCAUAGACAAGUGGAUCAGCGAAUCCAGCGUUGAGGUGGUGACCGCGGAGCGCUACAGGCGCACGCGCGACUUGGACCUGUAUCGUUGGGGGCUGCUGGCCGCCGCGCCCGGGCAGCGUCUACCGCCGCCUUCGACGUGGGUCGGUGACUGGUGA